AGGCGGUCAGUCGCGGUCCCUUCGGCCCCGAACUGACCCAGACGAGGGCGGUGUUGCCUGAGCGGCUCUGCGAAGACCUCCACCCAGGACAGCUCCCCCUCCCCGGGCCUCUCCCCUUUUGCCCGCUAAUCCCCUCGGCCUCGAAGGUCUCCCGGAUCUGAUAGCGUGGGCUGAGGUGAGAGCAGGCCCGGGGAGGGUGAUCAGCGCUGAGGAGCCGCAUUCGUGAUCAAGAUGAUAGAGGUACUGACAACUGACUCUCAGAAACUGCUACACCAGCUGAAUGCCCUGUUGGAACAGGAGUGGAAGUGUCAGCCAAAGGUCUCCGGCUUGAGACUAAUUGAAUCAGCACAUGAUAAUGGCCUCAGAAUGACAGCAAGGCUAAGGGACUUUGAAGUAAAAGAUCUUCUUAGUCUAACUCAGUUCUUUGGCUUCGAUACGGAAACAUUUUCUCUAGCUGUGAAUUUACUGGACAGAUUCCUGUCCAAAAUGAAGGUACAGCCCAAGCACCUUGGGUGUGUUGGACUGAGCUGCUUCUACUUGGCUGUAAAAUCAGUUGAAGAAGAAAGGAAAGUCCCGUUGGCAACUGACUUGAUCCGAAUAAGCCAGUAUAGGUUCACAGUUUCAGACUUGAUGAGGAUGGAAAAGAUUGUGUUGGAGAAGGUGUGUUGGAAAGUCAAAGCUACUACUGCCUUUCAGUUUCUGCAACUCUAUUAUCAUUCACUCAUUCAAGAGACUUUGCCAUUUGAAAGGAGGAAUAGCCUUAAUUUUGAAAGACUGGAAGCUCAACUGAAGGCAUGCCAUUGCAGGAUCAUAUUUUCUAAAGCAAAGCCUUCUGUGUUGGCAUUGUCUAUCAUUGGAUUGGAGAUUCAAGCACAGAAGUGUGCAGAGUUAACCGAAAGAGUAGGAUGUCUUCAGAAACAUAGCAAGAUAAAUGGCAGAGAUCUGACCUUCUGGCAAGAGCUUGUAUCCAAGUGUUUAACUGAAUAUUCGUCAAACAAGUGUUCCAAACCAAAUGUUCAGAAGUUGAAAUGGAUUGUUUCUGGGCGUACUGCACGGCAGUUGAAGCAUAGUUACUACAGAAUAACCCACCUUCCAACAAUUCUUGAAACGGUCCCUUAAUUGGAUUACUACAGCAACAAAAAACUUCUCUGAAGCCUUUCUCCACAAUCCUGAGCUAUGGAUUCCUUAAUGUUGUCAUGGGUUUAAAGCUGUGAAGCCUCAAAAUGUCACAACUCGAUUAACACUGAUGUUGUCAGCUUUGGGGAAACUGCCUAAUUAACAUUACACUGUAAUGGAAUUAUGCUUAAAUCUAAUUCAUCCGUGAGACAUACAAACAGCCAAGAGCACAAAUGUGAAUUGUUAAUGACAGUCUGGGAAGGUAAACUGUAAAUCUUCAUUUCUAACACUGAUCCAACUUUCUAUAUCAGGUCAAUAUAUUUCAGUGGUAUGAAAAAUGGUAAAAAUUCACUUCGUUUAAUUUUGAUUUUAAAUUAUGAGGUUUACCUCAAAACCUACAUUUCACAAAUGCACUUUGAAGGCGUAACAACGGUCAGUAUUCUAGGCAGUGAAAAUGGUUUCUUGACCCCCGUAAUACAAGUUACAGAUAAUCCGGAGAUGUGGACUUUAUUGCUACAUGGGAAUUACAUUUAAAUUUGGGGGCAUUUUAUAUAAAACAAAACUACCCACCUAAUAAUUUUGGUAUAUUAAGUUAUAUUUAACGUGUUUUCUAGAAAGCAUGUGACGUUUGUAUCCAUGAUAAAAGUUUUUAUACAAAGUCUACUGCUUCAAUAUAGUUCCAUCGAGACACUUAGUUUUCAUUGUAUAAGUAACUCAAAAUAAAUUAACAUCACUCUGAAAACUUGCCAAUUUAACACUCCAGAAGUUUUCACUAAGGACUGUUUCUAUAAAACUGCCAUUGCUUCUCAUUUAGAAUUGUGUUUAAAAUAGAGACUAUACUUUCACUAUUUGCACCUAUAUGCCAACCGAAAGUCUUAAUAAGCAUCUCUCAUAAUUGUGAGGUUGCUGAGGGUAGAGUUUAGGAUUUCCUAUUAAGUCAGUGAAUAUAAGGAGAUAUACAGUGUUGUGUUGUAAACAGUUACUCAGUGCAAUGUGUAACCUGAGUCCAUCUAGGACGGCUGUACACAAUUUUGACAUUCUGUUAUGGGUAAAUAUGCACUAGAAAAUAAACCAAAGAACCACAGUGUAUCCUAUACUUUUGUAAACCAUGUUUUGUAGAUAACUUUCCAGUUUUCCCAAAAGGCUGAUCUAUUUCAAUAUUUUGGUUACAUCCGUGUUAAUUUUGAGUUGGCAGAGGCCACCUACCCAACUACCAUUACGCUUUGGUACCGGAUAUAGUACAUUUCAAUGAAGUUACUGAAAUGC